GUUGCAAAUCCCAACGCAUGUCAAUGCCCCCACCAUGACUGGUGUGCAGAAUCCUGACGCGUUAUGGGACCGCACAUCGCUCACACACACACUCCACGUCCCUGUAUGGCUAUCACCGCAAGCCCAGAUGUACCUCAUUAAUGUCGUCUCUACUCGGUUUCCGUCGCUGCUUGAAGACAAUGAUGGUGACCAGUCGCCGUCUACGCUACUUCCGGCCAUACCUACGCAUACACGACUUCUCUCUGCGCCCACCAUGCCAAGCCGGAGGACACUCUUUCCGAUGCCUCCGCUAUCCGUUCUACCACUGACUCCAACGCUACAGCCAUUCGAUAGUUGUGAGCGAACGUGCACGCGCAGCUCGUCUAGCCACUGCGUGUCCUACCCUCGAGCGCUUCGUCUUUCCGAAUAGGGUAGAAUAAGCGCCGUCCGCUUCAUUCGCUACCGACUCUGCCCUGCUCGAGAUCUUCGCCAUGUCUCGCCAUGGACGAUAUCUUUGUGAAGAGGGUUCAUCCAGAUGUUCCACCAUUGCCGCCACCUCCGAUCAAGAAAUACGUUCUGUUGAAGCAGCAGAGAUUCGCGAGGCAAGAGCCGGUUAAGUGGUGUUUUGUCCUUAGCGAUAAUGAAGAUGACGACAAUUUGUUCUUUAAACCUGGCCCGAGGAAUGGAGAGGAUUCGUGCAGGGUUGCCGUGAGCAGGUCGAAGUUGACGUUCAAGGUGGUGGGAAGGUGGUCAUGGAGCUGGUGUAAUGCUGAUCUCCUACCGCCUCUAUCAACAUCAACGCUUUUACUAUCCGUUCAUGUACAUAUCCGUAUCGCUAUCUAUCCUUACCAUCAUUUCGUGACUCGUGGAUUUAUACCCAAAUACAUGCUA